UAUCGAUUUGUUAUCGUUUUGCGCUAGAUAGCGCUACUUGUGUUUGUUAUUAAUAAAAAGUGAUAGAACAACAAGCAAACAAACUAUGGGCAUCACGGGACUGAUUCCGUUCCUGGAGAAGGCAUCAGCCAAAGUGCACCUAAAGAGCUUGCGCGGUAGUACGGUCGCUGUCGACACUUAUUGCUGGCUACACAAAGGGGUCUUCGGUUGUGCCGAGAAAUUGGCGCGCGGCGAGGAAACGGAUAUUUAUAUACAAUACUGCCUGAAGUAUGUGCAAAUGCUGCUCUCCUAUGACAUCAAACCCAUACUCGUAUUCGAUGGCCAGCAUCUACCAGCUAAAGCGCUAACUGAGCAGCGACGUCGCGAAUCCCGUCAGCAGAGCAAAAAGAGAGCAGCGGAGCUGUUGCGUCUUGGACGCACUGAGGAGGCGCGUUCCCAGAUGCGUCGCUGUGUGGAUGUUACCCACGAGAUGGCGCUGCGUCUCAUCCAGGAGUGUCGCGAGCGUCAUGUCGAUUGCAUUGUGGCACCCUACGAAGCCGAUGCUCAGAUGGCGUGGCUGAAUAAAACCGGCAUUGCACAGUAUAUUGUGACUGAGGACUCGGAUCUGACAUUAUUCGGUGCACAAAAGAUCAUCUUUAAAUUGGACCUGACUGGCGCAGGUCUGUUAGUCGAGGCGGAUAAAAUACACCUGGCCAUGGGAUGUCGCGAGGAGCGUUAUAAUUUCGACAAGUUCCGACGCAUGUGCAUCAUGUCGGGAUGUGAUUACCUCGACUCCUUGCCGGGCAUUGGACUGGCCAAAGCCUGUAAAUUUAUGCUCAAGACGGAGCAGGACGAUAUGCGCAUAGCAUUGAAAAAGAUACCGCAAUAUCUCAAUAUGCGGCAGCUUGAGGUUGAUGAUGAGUACAUUGAGAACUUUAUGAAGGCUGAGGCCACUUUUAAGCACAUGUACAUCUACAAUCCACUGGAACGACGCAUGGAGCGUUUAUGUGCAUUGGAGGAUUAUAAGACUGAUGAAAGCUACUGCAGCAAUGCUGGUUCAUUGCUGUCAGAUAGCGAAGUGGCCUUUAAUCUGGCCUUGGGCAACCUAAAUCCCUUCACACUUAAGCGCCUGGAUAGCUGGCAUCCAGAUCACAGUGCUGCCACAAAAAAACCAGCGAAACAAGUGAAGCGCAGCACACACAAAAGCAUAUGGCAAAAGAAUUUCAAUGCAAAACAAUCUCCAGCCAAAUUGAAGCAAUCAAGUUGUGCGCUGUUUUUCAAGAAGGUUGAUUUCGUGACUCAAACUAUUGCCGCAGAGAUCGAAGCCAAUCAGCGACAAGAGCUAGCCAAACCCACCGAAGCAGAGCUAUCCAGCAUGUAUAGCUUGGGUGUAAAGCGCAAGCGUAGUCCCAGCGAAAGCAGCUGCCACUCAACGCCACCUUCAUCGCCGGCUCAAAGUCGCAGCCGGCACAAUCCGUUUGCCAAAGAAGCCCCGCAACGUUCGCCAGUUGUCUGCGAGAAUGGAUCGCUGCUGCGUCUGCUAAGUCCUAAUAAACAAAGUCCACAACGCGCGUCCGACGAACGUAGCAGCAGACCGGAUACAACUCGUGUAAAUGCGCUAAAGCGCAGCAUCUUUGCCAAAGAGCAGGUCGAGGUCAGAAGUCGUUUCUUUAGCACACAAACAGAUAAAGCUAUAGAAUGCAAGGCUAUGGAAGAAGUGGAGCAGACUCCUAAGCAAACUGGCACCCAAGCGAUCAAGAGAAUGGAAUGCAAAGUGGAAAAUGUGGAACAGAGUCCCAAUCUAACUAGCACUCAAGUGACUAAAAGAAUGGAAUGCAAAGUGGAGAAACCUUUGGAAGAAGUGCAGCAGAGUCCCAAGAAAACUAGCAUUCAAGCAACUAACAAAAUGGAAUGCAAAGUAGAGAAACCUUUGGAAGAAGUGCAGCAAAGUCCAAAGGAAUCAAAACCAGCUGUUGUAGUGCUGUCAUCCUGCGAUUCAGACGACUCCAGCUCGUUGUCAGCUACAUUGCCCAGCAGCCAGGAAGCUGCUAUGCCCACCAAGACUAAAACACCGCCUAAACUGCCGCCAAGUGCACGACGCGUUGGCUUAUCAAGGCCCAAGACAAGCAAACGAAGCAUUCCCAAUGCAAAGACUGCCAAAAGUGAUGACAAUCAAACGAAGCUCAGCAUGUUUGGGUUCCAAAAGCGACCUGUCCUUAAAUGAGUCAGUAGAACUCGAGAGUGUUGUAUUAUUUUAACUUUUUUUUCUGUGUUUAAUAUUAACUGCCUGUAGUAAUUAAUUUGUUUAAUUUAUUGAAUGACUGACCCGGCUGUGACUAAAUUCUACACUGCCAUUGCUCAUAUUAUUAUUAAUGCGGACAACGCAUAAUACUCAAAUAAAUAAUCUAAGAUGGAUACAAAA